UGACUCCAGAUGUCCAUCUAAGAUCAAUGGGUCCUUCUAAUCCUGAGGAACCUUCUAAUAAAUCCCAUACUAUGACUUCAGAUCUCCAUCUCAGUUCUCACAGUGCUGACAGAUCAACAGAUCCAUCCGACCCCCAGAAAUCCUCUUCAAGCCAUGAGGAACCUCACACAGGAGGGAGCUCAUUGUCAUGUUUGGUGUGCGGGAAAACAUUCACUAAGAAAAAAGGACUUUAUAAACACCAGAAAACUCACAAGACUGAACUUCCUUAUUCGUGUUCUCAGUGCGGAAAAUGUUUUUCUAAGAAAGAAAGCCUUGUUGUACACCUGAGAAUUCACACUGGUGAGCGUCCCUUUUGUUGUUCAGAGUGCGGGAAAUGUUUUUCUGAAAAGGGAUGCCUUCGUAUACACCAAAGAGGUCACACUGGUGAGCGUCCCUAUUCAUGUUCGGAUUGUGGGAAAUGUUUUCAAAGCAAAGGAUCCCUUCUUACACACCAGAAACUUCAUACGGGUGAGCGUCCCUUUUCCUGUUCAGAGUGCGGAAGAUGGUUUUCCAAGAAAGAAAACCUUCUUAUACACCAAAGAAUUCAUACGGGUGAGCGUCCCUUUUUAUGUUUAGAGUGCGGGAAAAGUUUUUCAGAGAAAAGAAGCCUUCUGAAACACCAACGAAGUCACACUGGUGAGCGUCCUUUUUCCUGUUUAGAGUGCGGGAAAUCUUUUUCUGCCCAAGGAAACCUUCAUAAACACCAGAGAAUACACACAGGUGAGCGUCCCUUCUCCUGUUUAGAGUGUGGAAAAUGUUUUUCUGAGCAAGGAAACCUUCGUAAACACCAGAGAAUUCAUACAGGUGAGCGUCCGUUUUCCUGUUCGGAGUGCGGAAAAAGUUUUUCGGACCAAGGAAACCUUCAUCAACACCAAAAAAAACACAGUGGUGAACGUGAAUAUUCAUGUUCGGAGUGUGGAAAAGUUUUUUGCCAAAAAAAAACACUUCUUCGGCACCAAAGUUGUCACUCCCGUGAGCAUCCUUAUACUUGUUCGGAGUGCGGAAAAUGUUUGACCACGAAAGAAAGUCUUGUUAAUCACCAGAAACUUCAUACGGGUGAGCGUCCUUAUUCAUGUUCAGAGUGCGGGAAAUGUUUUGCUACCAAAGAAAGCCUUUUUUCUCACCAGAAAAUUCACUCAAGUGAACGUCCCCAUUCAUGUUCAGAGUGCGGGAAAUGUUUCAUCACAAAAGCAGCCCUUGUUAGACAUCAGAAAAUUCACACGGAUGAGCGUCUUUAUUCAUGCUCAGAGUGCGGGAAAUGUUUCACUAUCAAAGCAAACCUUGUUUCUCACCAGAAAAUUCACUUGGGUGAGCAUCCAUAUUCAUGUUCAGAGUGCGGGAAAUCUUUCACUUUGAAGGCAAGCCUUGUUACCCACCAGAGAAUUCAUUCAGGCGAGCGUCCUCAUUCGUGUUCAGAGUGCGGGAAAUGUUUCAUUAAAAAAGGAAGCCUUGUUAGACACCAGAAAAUUCACUCAGGUGAGCGUCCCUAUUUAUGUACAGAGUGCGGGAAAUGUUUUACUAAGAAACACUCCCUUCUUGCACACAUGGCAAGACACGGCUCAGAGCAUCCAAACAACUUUCAGAGUGCGGUAAAUGUUGUACAGAUCGCAUAAGUCUAAUCGGAGAGAAGACGCCCAGUUACGCGUUUCGUCAAAUGGACGACGGCUUUUCUCUGGAGAGAAGACAGUUCUACUUGUGAAUUGAGCCUCAUAUGUUGUAUUUCAAUGUUCAGUUUUUUCAUUCUUUACUUUUACAUUAAUAAAUAUAAAAAAACUCUA